GGCACAUCAGAGGCCGUGUUUGAUAACAUUGACGAUCCAAAACACUGAGGACGGCGCUUUUGAUUCAGUUAAUAGCGAGUUAUUAUAAAGCAACCAGCAGAGGACUAAAGCGUAUUAAUACAUUUAAAACACAAAAGCAGAUCCCUCUACUUCUGCAUCCAGUGCUUCUCCAGUGUUUGUGCUGUCAGGGUGAUGUCAGCAACCUGUCUUGUACGCCUGGCAAGGUGCAGUGGUCGUUACGUGGGACGUAGUGGUCUUUUACAGAGGGGCUUACUCCCACUCCCAUUCCACCAGGACAGCCACCUACAGUUCACAAUCUCCAAGAGACAGCUUUACAUCCCUUCAGGAAAACGGCACAGCAACACUCGCUUUGAUGCAGACAGCAGUGGCUGCCCCACUACUUGGGAUUCAUUUGGCAUCUGGGACGAUCGUAUAGAUGAGCCCAUUCAGCUGCCUUCCAGCAUUCGCUACGGCAAGCCCAUACCCAAAGUCAGCUUAUCGAGGGUAGGCUGUGCCUCGCUCAUCGGUCAACGCAAGGAUAAUGAAGACCGUUUCCAGGUCUCCCAAAUGACUGACAGCAUCCUCUACUUCGCUGUGUUUGAUGGGCACGGCGGGCCAGAAGCAGCAGACUUUUGUGAAAAAUACAUGGAGAAAUUCAUCAAGAAGCUUGUGGCAGAAGAGUCCAAUCUGGAAGUAGUUUUAACGAAGGCCUUCCUUGAAAUAGACAAAGCUCUUCAAAGGCACUUUCACUUCUUGCCAACUGUACCCGGGAUGAAUGCGGGAACCACCUCCACCGUGGCCCUGCUGAGGGACGGCAUCGAGCUGGUGGUGGGCAGUGUGGGUGACAGCCGCGCCAUGCUGUGCCGCAAGGGCAAGGCCGUUAAACUCACUGUCGACCACACUCCCGAGAGGAAGGACGAGAAAGCGAGGAUAAAGAAAAGUGGGGGUUUUAUCACCUGGAACAGUCUGGGCCAGUCAAACGUCAACGGCAGGUUGGCCAUGACGCGCAGCAUCGGAGACUUUGACCUGAAGAACACGGGGGUCAUUGCUGAGCCUGAAACCAAGAGAACAUCGUUACACCAUGCCCACGACUCUUUCCUGGCGCUGACCACCGACGGCAUUAACUUCAUCAUGAACAGUCAGGAGAUCUGCAAUGUCAUCAACCAGUGCCACGACCCCAAGGAAGCAGCGCAGAGGAUAUCUGACCAGUCUCUUCAGUACGGCUCCGAGGACAACAGCACCAUUAUCGUGGUGCCCUUCGGAGCUUGGGGAAAGCACAAGAGCUCGGACCCGAGUUUCUCCUUCAGCAGAAGCGUCGUGUCCAGCGGUCGUUGGGCGUAGUCAGCAGGACGCCGGCUGAACAGGUUGGGGUCUGUGGACCUAAUUAAUGUGUGCAAUACAAUCCAACAACAGUGUCCUUGUGGAAACAUUAUACAAAAGUGUGGUUUGCCCAAAUAAUAAUUCAUAAGGGUAACAAUAUGUUAUUUAGAGUAGCAUGAUAUUUAUCAGCCUCCGUGAACUUCGAGGCAGUGAAUUCAUGAUGUGCACUAAAUGAAAAACAUCCUCUUUUAUAAAAGGUUUUUAUCUACUAGUAAGCCAAUGACCUUAGAGGUGCUAAAAGCUGAGACGCGUUUGAGUGGCAGACGGGAGUUCAUGAUGACAUCAGUAAGUAGCCUGCUCUCUAUCAGAUGAGUGUUCCUGUCUGCCAUUCAGAUACUUUGUUUUUUAGCAGUAACUCCCAAGUUUGCACUAUUUAUUUUCACGGAUAACUUAACGUGGAUAAGUUGCAAUUUUAAAGAAAGUUGUGCAUCAGGAUUUUACCAGUUUGAAGCCUCCAGUCCAAGAGUGGGACUACAAGCAUAGACAUACAUUCACUGAACAUCUUUUUAGGGAUGCACAAUAUGUUUAUUCGCACCUGAAGGUAAGAACGGCUGAGAUGUGGCGAGCAAAGAUGGAUGAUUUAAUAAUCCAAAGCUCUGAUAAAAUCUAAUUUAUCACUAUUUUUGACUGAACAAAAACAAAGCUCUCACUCUUCACAUAUUCCAGUUUUAUUUCUAGUAAAGUACAUUAAAAAUGUUUAGCUCUUAAGUUUGUCUGGUCUCCAGUUGCUGCGCUUCUUCUGCUCAUUUGGCGGCGGAUCGCAAACCAACUUUAAAGGAGCACACCGCCACAGAGUAUAUCAGUGUGUAGAUGCUGCACUUGCUCAGUCAAUGAAAGCAAUUCGGCUGAAAAUAUAUCAUUUAAUUAUCAGAAUAAUACAUAUUUCUAUAUAUAUAUUGUGCAUCCCUAUUUAAUUUGUUUUAAUUAGAUUUUAAUUAAUUGAGCCCUUUUAUGAUAAAAAACAAAAUCUACUUAAAUGUUUGAAGGAACGUCACGACUUCUGAGGCAACUGGAAUAUACGCAUCAUGACCAAAAUAAGUCCGUCAGGUCCUGAUAUCCAUUCUGGAGUUUCCUGUUUGUCUUUAGGGCAAGCAUCGCUCCUCCAAACUUAUCUCCAAUUGCACAAUCUUUAUGGUUUGGGAGAAAUGAACCCUGAAUGUUCUGUGAUCUCGUGUGUGACUGGAGUUGCUUAAUGCUAUUUAUAGGAACAGCAUUUCAGUGGCGGAUAUGAUAUUCAUGUUUCCUGCAAUGUCAACGUUGCUCAAGCGUGUAUAAGUGUUAAUAUCUGUAUUGAUUUGACGCAGGUAUUCUACGGGCACUAGCGAGUGUUCAGGGUACAGAAAUGUACAGUUUAUGUUUUGUAAAUAAUUCUAUUUAUGUACAUCUGGAAAACUGGUAGUCGUCAUUCACUCAAUAACUCGUCAUAUCAGAAUCGUUCACAAACGCAGCACCUUAGCUGAGGGGCUUGUUUUGUGUAAAGCUACAUCUUUUUGUUUUUGAUUGUAACUUGUUUACAAUCAGUACUUCCUCAUUUACACCUUUUAUGUUUCACUCAGAAAGAGCAAAGCACACGUAAUGCAACACUAAAGAAUAGUUCAGCUAAGAGCCAUGUUUGACAAUGUGAAUGUUUGCAUAAAUGCCCUCCAUGACUAGAGAUAUCGAUCAAACCCUGCCGGGUAUAGGAUUUAUUAGAAGUUGCCUUGGCUCGUGUGAGUGGAUAUGUUUCCAGCGCCAGGCAGAGAUCAACGGUACUGUUUUUGUUCAUUGUUGAUCUUUAGUUUUGUGCUUGUUAAAGCAGCACUUCAUAUUUAUCGUCAUUGUUCCUUCUGUGAGAUUUGCUAAUGUUGUGUAGCCAUCAGUUUGCCCUUAAACACCAACGAUAGAUGUUUUGUAAAUACAUUCACAUAGGACUUUUCUUUAUAAUUGACACGUCCUCCUUACAAACCUCAUCUGUUAAACGUAUCUAUCACAGUGUGUUCGGUUUUUAUUUACUGUAUUUUGUUUCACUGCCUUUCAAAUCCAAUCAUUGUAGCUGGGACCUAAAUGUGACUGUUUCAGAAACACUGUUAGUUCUGUAUCUUUGGUCUGAACGGCUUGUGACACUUCUGAAUAAAAACUAUACAUCAAAAA